CAACAAUAUAUCUAUAGCAGCGCCUUUUUCUAGGUUUUGAUUGUAGUUGUGAAAAUUAGAUGAGAGAGUUUUGCUGAAGUUGGCUUCCCAGUCAAUUUUUGAUUCACCGGACACAUUUUUAGAUAGAUAUUUCAUCGGUACUGAAGUUCUUAGUUUAAAACUGACUUCAUCGUAGAUAUCUGACCAGAUAGGCUAUCUAAAAGAACCGGUUUAAACAAAACUUUUCUUCAGUUGAUUACAAGUUUAGCGCGCUACAUCGCCCCCGACUCAUUUUGAAUGCCGCCCUCCUACGUCAUUGCUUUGACAAAAGGAAUCCUCCAAACAGUAACUUUACCUCUACUUCCGCGCUGGUUUACAACAGAAAAGAUGUCGGUCAGAUGUCUGUUUAUCGUGUCUGGGGUUUUACUCUGGACCCUUGUCCGUCUGACCAUGAGCAUCCAGCUGGAUUAUCUUUUCCCAGAGACUCAGGAUGGAGAUUUUGGCAAAACCUUCAAAAGAGAGAUGGAGGAGGAGAUGACUUUUGACUCAGAGUCCACAGAUCAUGCAUAUCUUAGGACCCGAGGUGGACAUGGCAAAAGUUCUGCUUCUGCAUCUCCAGGCAUUCAUGAUGCAAACCUCCAGAACUUUCACACAAAGCUGCCGGAUGAUUCCAGUACUAUGACCGCUCCCACAGUUUCCCCAGAUGACGUUCCACAUUACAAUAGAUACCCUGCAGAUUUAUUUUCUGUUGAACAGCGCAGAAAGGGAUGGGUAUAAUGUACAUGUUUGUGUCACUUAUAAUCAUCUGUGAUGGGUUCUUUGUUCCUGCCGUUGGUCUAAUUAUGGAGAAGUUGGCCGUCUCUGAUGAUGUAGUUGGAGCCACCUUCAUGGCUGCUGGAAGAUCCUUUCCCAGUGUUCUUUUUAGUCUAGUAACAGUCUUCUUCACAGACAGCAGAGUUAGCUUGGGGGGAGUCUUCGCUUCAGGAGUUUACAGAAUUGUGUUUGUGACAGGAAUGUGUGCUGGGUUGUCUCCGACAGUUCUUCAUCUGAGCUGGUGGCCACUUUUCAGGGACUUGUCAUUCUACCUGCUUUACCUCAUUUUAGUCGGGCUCUUUUUCUUGGACAAUGCUAUAAGGUGGUGGGAGAGCGGGGCUCUGGUGGCAGGGUAUAUUCUGUAUGUCACCUUCAUGAAGUUUAACACUCAGGCAGAGAUGGUGUUCAAGUCUAUCCUCCGCAAACUGAAGCCCGUUCAGACAGACAAUUCAGCUGAAGCCUCCCCUAAGGUAAAUGCAGAUGUGCUUCUGGGAGAAGAUGGUCCAGAAGCAUCCCGCUCCUUGCAGUGGUCUGACACCCGGUGUAAGCGGGCCAUCUACCUCUUCCUGUUGCAGAUCAAGCUGCCACUGUGGCUCACCAUUCCCGAUGUCCGAACCCGGAAAUAUAGAAGAUGCGGUGACCUUCCUGGUUUCCAUUAUUUGGAUUUGUGUUUUCUCCUAUUUCACACAUUGGUGGACCUAUCAGAUUGGAGAAACUGCAGAAGGCUUGCAAUUUAUGGGGAUUUUGAUCUUGAUUAUAUGCAGCCCUGACCUUAUUACCAGUGUAAUUGUGACUCGCAAAGGCCUGGGGAACAUGGCUGUAUCCAGCAGUAUAGGCAGUAGCAUCUUCAGCAUGACUGUGAGUCUCCCGCUGCCAAUGCUGCUGUACUCCUUGAGCCACGGUUUUGCUCCUGCAGGUGUCAGCUCCAAAGGGAUCUUUUGCAGCAUGAUGCUACUCGUCCUCAUGCUCGUCUUGGCCAUCGUCUCCAUUAUAUCCUGCAAGUGGAAGAUGAAUAAAGCUUUGGGUGCCAGCUUGGUCCUGCUUUACAUCAUUUUUGUGGUCACAAGCAUUCUUUUCGUCCUUGGCAUCAUUGUCUGUCCCUUAUUCUAGAUGAGAGGAAUUCAACUUUUGCUUUAGCAAAAAAAGUUCCUGUUAUUCUGAUAUUUGAUACCUUAUUUUAAUGCACACAAGGACAUUUUUGGUCAGUUUACACCUUAGAUUUAUUAACAAAAGUUGCUUUUUCUUGUGUAAGAGUUUGUACAAGUAUACCACACCUCCCUCUAUUUAUUACAGAUAUUGCACACUCUAGUCUUUUGAUGUAGAGUUUUAAGUGAUCUUUUAAUAAUGAUUAUGCUAUU